CCGUCAUCAACUCCCCCAUCACUUCCCCCAUCUCGCCCCCUUCUCAACCCCGUUUUCUGCUCUUUAUCCUGUCAGUUAGCUCUGGAGCCUCUCUGUCUCUCUGGAUUGCUUUGAUAUACCGCAAUAAUGUCCAACCCCUUCGACAUCAAUGGCGGUGCCUGUGUCGCCAUGGUGGGCAAGGACUGCGUCGCCAUUGCCUGCGACCUCCGUCUGGGCAUGCAAUCCCUGACUAUCUCCAAUAACUUCCCCAAGAUCUUCAACUACGCCCCGUCCACCUACCUUGGCCUGACUGGCCUGGCCACCGAUGUCAACACAGUCUCCGAUCUUUUCCGCUACAAGGUCAACAUGUACCGCCUGCGCGAGGAGCGCGAUAUCGCACCGCAGACCCUGGCCAACCUAGUGAGCUCAUCGCUUUAUGAGAAGCGUUUCGGUCCUUUCUUCGUCAGCCCUGUUCUGGCUGGUAUCAACCCUACAACGGGGAAGCCAUUCAUCUGUGGAUUUGACAGCAUUGGCUGUAUCGAUUUCGCCAAGGACUUCAUUGUCAGCGGAACGGCGAGCGAUCAGCUGUUCGGUACUUGCGAGGGUCUUUGGGAGCCCAAUCUGGCCCCCGAGGACCUCUUCGAGACAAUCUCACAAGCGCUGCUUAGUGCCGUCGACCGAGACGCUCUCUCCGGUUGGGGUGCUCAGGUUUAUAUCAUAGAGAAGGACAAGGUUACCCAGCGGUUAUUGAAGGGACGACAGGAUUAGAUUUGGGGAAGUGGUUUUUUUGGGCUUUCCGUUGGUUCGAGGGCAAAUCCCGGCGUCUGCGGUCUUCACUGGAUGAUAUGUGCCGUGUACGGUCAUCAAGAACGGGAUAGCACAACAGCGACGUGAGAGCGGUCGAUAUCUGAGCCGAAGGGCGCAUAUGUUCUUCGACUCCAUGUUUCUCAUACUCCUAUCAUGAUAAUUCAAAACCCCGUUGUCACGUCACGAUAGUGUCCCAUUCUGCGUUAUCGUUUGGAUAUUUUAACAUGAUAUCAG